AUGAAUAUUAUUUCGAUUCUUUUUGCAAUAAUUUCAUAUCUUAUAAUAUUCUGCAAUGCGCAGUAUAGUACGUAUUUAACGCAUUAUGAAGAUAAGUCCAAGGGCUUAUAUUUUUUUGAUAGCUUUACUGAAAAAGAUGGUACCAUCCUGAUUCAGCUGGCUCAUUAUUAUGAUCAGACGCAAACAACAUGUAUUUUGACGGAUAUACAUUUAAGAAUCGUAUUUCCCGAUGGAACCGUCAAACCUUUAGAAGUUGCACAUCAAAUUCCCGCAUCAAACUUCUCAGACGAAGCUACUUCGAUACAUACAGGAAUGGUCAUCGAUUUUGAUGGAAAUCUUUUGCAAUAUCUGGAAUUUGGUGUUGGAAUUGGAAAAAUUAGUCGAAGGCGAAACUCUGAAAGCGGAUUUACUUGGUCACGGCAAAUAAAUGAGACCACAAUCGCAUGGUCAAGAUAUAAACCAGAUCCAACGAACCCUAUGCAGAUUAUAAAAUUAAAUUCGGGUUUCAUAACAUCACCGAAUCCAUCAUUAGUUAUUAAAUCAUAUAAAUUGUUUGGUUCGGGUAAUGGCGGCAAUUGUUUCGUGCUCGUGACUAAACUUAAUAAGACGAUCGCCUCGGAUCCAGCUUGGGAAGUUUACGCAAAUUUUUUAGAUGAGGAAGCUCAAAACAUCUUCACCUAUUUAAUCUACCAGUCGCAAGUAGAUUAUUUUAAUUUAAAUUUUGUUUUUUGUCGAAAUUCAAACGGAGAGGGUUAUAACUGUUUAAUGCAAGUCGAGACAAUUACCCCGAUACAGGCAGCGACAACUAAAAUGUAUUAUCUUUUAACCUUUUUGACAACUGGUUCCGUUAUUAACAACAAGAAGGUCAACAUUGGUACGGAUGCUAAGACGGAAAUUUUAAGCAUCUCGGUUUUAUUUAAUGGAGGUUUUCUCGUUAUUUACCCGUCGGGAAAUAAUAAAAAGUCGGGAAUUUUCUUGUCUCAAAAUGGGGAAUAUGAUGGGGAUUGGAAAGGUUUCAAUGGUGACGUAAUCCAAUAUGCGUAUCUUGAACAUAAUGAUACGGUGUGGGGUAUGCUAUACCAAAAUGAUUCUUCUUCUUGGACGAUCAUAACUGAACCUUUGCGUGAUAGAAGCAUUGUGGAAAAAUAUAAACACAAUAAUCCAACUAUCCUUGAAACGACUCCAACAGACAAUGUGGUUAGGAACGAUUUGGAUGCUAUCACGAUAAAAUAUGACAAAGCUAUAAUUCCGUCAUAUGGGAAUAUCUCAAUUUAUCAGGUGGUUGAUGAUCAUGGUGAAUUAUUACGUCAAACAUAUUCGGGUCUGUCAAAUUAUGUGAAGAUUGCCAAUGAUACAGUUGAAAUCAGAGUGUUUAAAAGCACUUUCAAUAAACCCAAUGAUAUUUAUUUUAUCCAAAUCAAUGACAAUUUCGUUAAUUCAAAACGGUAUGGUGAGGCAAUCACGGGAAUUGACAAGAGAGUUUGGUUUUUAAACACGGCGAUGGAUAACUCGGGGUCAUGUCUAUCCCCAAUCACCGUAUUAGUGAGGCUUAACGCCCAGGGGACAAAAUAUCUAAAUUCACUCAACUCGAAAGAAUUCGACAAAUUUUACGAUGAUCUGAUGAACGAAUUUUCGAAGAUCAUUCCCGUUGGAAGAUCCCGACUUCCAGCUGAUGCGGGAAAAUUUCAAAAUGACCCUUACGAUCCGAACAAUUACAUCCUUUUACAGGUGAAGAUUUCACCACCAACGGAAACCUCGGAUUCAUGUGCUAAAGAUGUAGCACGUGAUUUGGAUGCGUUGAUCAUCAACAAGUAUUCCACUCUUAUAUCAAAUUAUCCUCUAUCUAGCAUGUUGGACGAAAAUUAUGGUGCUUCGGUCACACGUGAGGGAUGGAGAGAUACAUUGAAGUUGUGCUUGAUAUAUGUCGUAGGCGGAUUUCUGUUUGUUACUGGUAUAUACUGGAUUGCAAGAUGUCAAAAUCCAAAGAUAAUGAUUUAG